AUAUUUUUUUUUGAGGAUUAUGCAGAUCCAUUUUUCUACCGGUAGCGGGCGGUGCGAUUUGUGCUCCUUGCAGCCUGAGUUCAGGUUUUCUGACGCUGAAUUCGGAGGAAAAUGAACUUCUGCGCCGAACGGCUGAGUUACGAGCUCCUGGCAGAGGUCGGUGAGGGCUCCUUCGGUAAGGUCUAUAAGGCGAGGGAGUUGGGGGAGAAACAGCGCCUCCUGGCGGUGAAGAAGUUCAACUUUCAAAUUGGCGCAGUGGGGACCGGAAUCCCUCCCUCCAUGAUCCGAGAGGUGGCGCUGCUGCGCAAAGUGGGCUUCUUCGAUCACCCAAACAUAGUCAAGCUUUUGGACGUAUCUGCUGUGUUUUUGGGCUUGGCUCUGGACCUGACUCUGGUCCUGGAGUACAUUGACCAGGACCUGUCCACCUACCUGUCCAAGGCUCCUGCCUCUGGUUUGGGCAGCGACUCUAUAAAGAAUGUGAUGCUGCAGCUGCUGCGAGGAUUGGACUUCCUCCACACAAACCUUGUGAUGCAUCGCGACUUAAAACCAGAAAACAUCCUGGUCAGCAACAACGGAGAAGUUAAGAUCGCAGACUUUGGACUGGCCCGUCUGCACACUUUCAACGUUGCUCUCACACCAGGUGUGGUGACUUUGUGGUAUCGGGCUCCUGAGGUGCUGCUUAACUCCGUCUACAUGUCCUCUGUGGACAUGUGGAGCGCCGGCUGCAUCUUCGCUGAGCUUUUACUCCUGAGACCUUUGUUUAAGGGAUACACAGAGGUGCAGCAGCUGCAAAAAAUCUUUGAGUUGAUUGGAUUGCCCAGCGAGGACGACUGGCCUCGGGACAGUCCCAUCACUUACUCAGAAAGCUGGGGACCAAAAGGGGCCUGCACCAAGCUGCUGCCCAACCUGGACUCAGACGGGAACGACCUGCUGUCUAAACUUUUGAUAUUCAGUCCUCGUGAUCGGAUCUCAGCUGCCAAAGCCCUGGUUCACCCGUUCUUUGUGAUGCACUGAAGAUUUUGUUGGAUGAGGAGCAGAAGGAGGUCAGCUGCUGCUCUGAGAUUCAACAGGAAGAAUGAUCAGGUAGUUUGUGCCAUGAAAUUCUCUCCGGUCAUGGCUCAUUAAGCUGGCUGCUAAAACUUUAAUCAGCAACAUCAUGAGAAGCUGGUCAGGUUCAACGUUUCUAGGAAGUAAUUCAACUCAAGAACAGAGUCGUGGCACAAAUCUUUAUUUUUGAUAUUUUUCUAAAACUCAGUUUGUUGAACAUGUUUUGUGUUGAAGUGACGGGAGUGGCCGAGUUGUUCUUUCGGUCUUUCUUCAGGUAUGUGUGUACUCACUAAAUGCAGAGAUCUGUUAAAGUUGAGUUUUGCUGUUUAAAACAAGAGUUCUGGUUUUAUGAUACUUACAGAACAUUAUGAGCACUUUUGAGUUAGUGAGUUUUGUUGUUUCUGCUUUAUUUGGAGUUUAGAAGUAAGUGCAGCACCUUAUUUGUGAAGAUUUUAUGUUUUUUUCCCCCUUCUUUUCCUAAUUGAGGUAUUUAUGGUGCGAUUGUUACAGAAGGCACCUGUAUUUAUGUUUGUUGUUACAGAUCAUACAAGGUAUUUUUCUAUGUAUGUUACACUGUUCAUCAAUGAAGCAUUUCUAAAACAAA